GCACGUUCUGCCACUGGAGCUGAUGCUACCGUUAUCUAUGUCCCUCCUCCAGGAGCUGCAGCUGCCAUUUUGGAAGCUAUAGAUGCAGAAAUGUCACUCAUUGUUUGUAUAACAGAAGGUAUUCCCCAGCACGACAUGGUUCGAGUAAAACACAAACUCCUUCGUCAAUCCAAAUCUAGAUUGAUUGGUCCAAACUGCCCAGGUAUUAUCGCUCCCGAACAAUGCAAAAUUGGCAUCAUGCCAGGACAUAUCCAUCAAAAAGGAAUCGUAGGAGUUGUAUCUAGAUCUGGAACCCUCACAUAUGAGGCGGUUCACCAGACUACACAAGUCGGUUUGGGACAAACACUCUGUGUAGGUAUUGGUGGUGAUCCGUUUAAUGGUACUGAUUUCAUUGAUUGCUUGGAGGUGUUCUUGAACGAUCCUGAAACUAAAGGAAUUAUUUUGAUUGGAGAGAUCGGGGGUGUGGCUGAAGAACAGGCUGCCGAAUAUCUCAUGAAGCAUAAUUCAGGCACAAAUGCCAAACCAGUGGUAUCAUUUAUUGCUGGUUUAUCAGCUCCUCCUGGUCGACGAAUGGGUCAUGCAGGUGCUAUAAUCUCAGGAGGUAAAGGUGGUGCCCAAGACAAAAUCAACGCUUUAGAGAAAGCAGGAGUUAUAGUAACAAAAUCUCCUGCACAGAUGGGCAACGAGCUGCUGAAAGAGAUGCGUCGCUUGUCUUUGGUUUGAGAAGCCUGCUGCCUCUAAAAUCUCCAGACGAAUAUUGUAAAGGCUAUUUAUUGUGUCAACUAACAAUUUAUUAUAGUUAGAUAGCCUGUGAAGUUUUAUUUAAGUUGCCUCACCACUCCGUACAUGUAUAUUCAAAAUUCCACUCGUUGAUUAAUAAAAUGUUAUGUUUUUA